AUGCCUGCGCCACCAUCGCCAGAGCGUCAACAAGGGAGCCCCAACUCCCAAGGAGGCAGCGAGCACCAUGUUGAGCCAACCAUAGAGAUAGAGAAUGCCAUUGCCGCCGACAACGACUCAACCCUGGGCGAGGAGCCUGACCGGUCCUACGUGUCCCUCUCGUCGAGCAUCAUGGCAUAUCGAGAAGAAAACGGCCGACGUUAUCAUGCUCUCAGUAGCGGCAAAUACGUACUUCCCAACGACGACGCAGAAAACGACAGACUCGACCUCCAGCACGAGCUCUACGUCCGCACCCUACACGGAGAGCUCGCACUCUGUCCAAAGGCUAGAGACGCGAAACGAGUUCUAGACAUAGGCACCGGCACUGGAUCAUGGGCCAUUGACUACGCGGAUGCGAAUCCCGAAGCUGAGGUGAUUGGUGUUGAUCUGAGCCCGAUUCAGCCAUCGUUUGUUCCCCCAAAUCUUAUCUUCGAGAUCGACGACCUCGAAAAGGAGUGGACCUGGACUAAAAAGUUCGAUUUCAUUUUUGCUCGAAUGAUGCUCGGCUGCUUCCAGGAUUUCCCACAAAUCAUCAAGGUAGCAUUCGACAACCUCGAGCCGGGCGGCUACCUCGAGCUCCAAGACAUGAGCCUCCCUGCCCGUUCCGACGACGACACCCUACACCCCGACAGCUACCUCUCCCAGUGGUGCAAGUUCUGUUUUGAAGCUGGCCAGAAUCUCGGACGCCCCGUAUUCCCCACCACCGAGUACAAGAACUACCUCGCAGCCGCCGGCUUUGAAGAUAUUGUUGAGGUGCAACGCAAAUGGCCAACAAACGCCUGGCCUCGUGAUAAACAUUUCAAAGAGUUGGGUAACUGGACGCGUGCCAACAUUGCUGGUGGACUUGACGGUCUUUCUCUCGCCUACUUCACACGCGGCCUUGGUUGGUCGCCUGAGGAGACACGUGUGUUUUGUGCACAUACCCGGAAGGACAUGGAGAAUCCCAAAAUACAUGCUUACUGGCCGAUAUAUUUUGUCUAUGGGAGGAAACCCUUGGCUGCUGGGUGA